AAUGCAAAGAAAGCCAAUUGCUGGCCCGAGGUGGGGGGAGAUCGCUCCUCGGAGUCCUGCCUGCGACUCUGGAAGAGGCAGUAAUUGCUGGAGACAGAGAGAGCUGGGGGGCUGGGCUGAGGUAGCCAUGUAUAAAUAGUGUGAUCUCCCCAUUGAAAGGCAUAAAUAACAGCGGGAGGGAUCUAAGCCCCGAGACAGCGCCCCGUCUCUGCUCUUCGACGUGGUCUUCCUCGCUGCUUGUCACGAGGAGAAGGAGGAUUUAAAACAAAACACGCGCACGCAACGCGCAACACCACCUUCAAGCAGCAGCAGCAGCAGCCUGGACCGACGAGGCGGCCCCCUGGACCUCCUGAGUGCAGAUCUCCACCUCACCAGCCCCACCACCACGACCCACGCCCAGAUCCAGCCGCUGCAGCGCGGAGGACCUCUUCACUGUGGAUCGCGAGCGUGCGCUUCUUCUCUCCCCCUCCCCCUCCCCAGCCACCGGGUCGCCAUGGAAGAACUUACCGCGUUUGUCUCCAAAUCUUUCGACCAGAAAAGCAAGGAGAGCAGCAGCGGAGGAGGAGGUGGUGGUGGCGGCGGAGGUGGUGGUGGUGGAGGAGGCGGCGGCAGCAGCGGCGGAGGAGGCACCGGCCACAAGAAGGAGACUAUCACGUACCGGGAAGUUUUGGAGAGUGGGCUGGCGCGCUCGCGGGAGCUGGGCGCCUCGGAAGCCGGCAGCCUGCAGGAGCUGGCCGAGAGCGGCGCGCACUGCCCGGUGCACCUCUUCAAGGAGCACGGAGACGGAGACAAGGACAAGCUCAAGGACUUCAACCACGCCAGCAGGACCUCGGAAGGGAUCUAUGAGUGCAAAGACAAGCGGGAAGAGGUGAAAUCCGAAGACGAGGACGGCCAGACCAAGCUGAAGCAGAGGAGGAGUCGAACCAAUUUCACACUGGAGCAGCUGAACGAGCUGGAGAGGCUCUUCGACGAGACGCACUAUCCCGACGCCUUCAUGAGGGAGGAGCUGAGCCAGAGGCUGGGGCUGUCGGAAGCCAGGGUUCAGGUUUGGUUCCAGAACCGAAGAGCCAAAUGCCGGAAACAGGAGAACCAGAUGCAUAAAGGUGUGAUCUUGGGGACGGCCAGCCACUUAGACGCCUGCCGAGUGGCCCCUUACGUCAACAUGGGCGCCCUGAGGAUGCCUUUCCAGCAGGUCCAAGCUCAGCUGCAGCUGGAAGGCGUCACCCAUGCCCACCCUCACCUCCACCCUCACCUGGCUGCACACGCCCCUUAUCUGAUGUUCCCCCCGCCCCCUUUUGGACUUCCCAUUGCCUCCUUGGCAGAUUCCGCCUCUGCGGCCGCAGUAGUAGCAGCGGCCGCGAAGAGCAACAGCAAGAAUUCCAGCAUCGCUGACUUGAGGCUCAAGGCUCGGAAACACGCCGAGGCCCUGGGGCUCUGACAUUUCCUCCCCAGAAGCCAUUUUGUUGCCAGGGAUGGACAAUAGUAUCUUUCCUCUAUCCAGUCUCCGAGCUUGGCUGCGAUAAGGACAACUGGUACCUUUUUAAAGGCCUACAAGUACUUGUAGACAGGCUCAGCGCUGGCCUGUUCCUUCUUUCCUCCCUUUCUCAUCCUCUCCUUUUAUUUUGUUCAAAGACUUCAGCAACUUGUUCAGUUGAUCUGAGGACUGAAGGACCUACUGGCCUAUUUUCUGUUUUAAAUUUUUAUUUCAAAAAGCACUUAGUGCUAAUGAUUGCAGUUAAACUGUUCUUCAGCCACCAGAUGCAUAAAUACUAGGUUUGAAAUCAGUCUGGACCUCAGUUAUAAGUGUCAGUUUUGGAAAAAAAAAUUGAGAAAACUUUGGAGGAAAGUAGAUUUUUUGGGGGGCAGGCAACAGAACCCUCCAAUCACGUGGCAUCCAUGAAUCUUGGGACAAAUGGAAGUGGACCUUGGCCAAACUGAAGAUGAUCAUGUCAGCCCAACACCAUUUGCUGCUGCCAGUUUUGCUACGUCGUGCAUGUGCCUAACUUUAAACAACGUUUGAAAAUCGCCAAGUAUACUGAAACAAAAAUGAAACAGAAAAAAAGGAAAAAGCUUAACAACAUCGUGGGGCUGGUCUCCAUUAAGAUGACAUUUCUUCUUUGUUGCCAAUGGUAUUAUUUCAAUCUCAUGAAUCUCUUCCAUCGCUAUGGAGCUGCUGCUGCUGCAGAACUGGUUUGAAUUUAAACGUGGAAUUUCAGAUCUGAGACAAGGCAGUGUUUUCUAAACAAAGCAGCAAUAACACAAUGGGGUGUCCAAAUGACUACAUCCUUCACAAGGAACAACAAGAACAACAACAACUGAGUGUGCGUGUGAGAAAGAGAGACACCCAAAUUAGUUGGUGAUCCAAAUGACGGGAACAAUGAUGAACACAUCUGUUUUACUGAGAACCACCUGAACAUGCUGAAAUGCUUGUACUAUGUGAACAGGUUUACUUCACCGUUUUUAUUUCCAGAUGUCUGGAUCUCUGCGGAAGGCCUGCUUGGUUUACAGGAUCUAGAGGGGUUGAUUCAUCUGUCAAAGAUGGACACAGUUUUUUUAAAAAAGCAUAAUACUGAUGCAGCGUUAAUUUUAGUGAAAUGCAAUUAAGUGCAGUAAAGUGCAAUACUGUAAAUAUUAUAGAUUAAAAGGGGUGGGGGCGGGGAAAUAGCCGCGCAUUCUUUUUCUGUUAAAAACCAACUCUGCAGGAACUGUAACCUGGUCCUUUGUGUUCAGACCUGGGAAUUGCCAUUUGUUGCCAAAAUGAUAAAGUCUGGGCCUUCUACAGAUUGGGAAAGAAAUAUGAAUUGCAUAUAUAAAAGAGAACCGCCAUGAUUAUGAAUCCAGUUCAUGUGCCAUAUUUCUGGGAACUAAGCUCAAAUGCCUGUAUUAAUUAUUAUAACUAUAAUUUUAUUUUUAUUUGGCAAUUGUUUUAAAGUAAGGAAACAACAACCAAGUCAAUGUCAUGUAGAGGUGGACAAGUUCAGUGGGGUUUUUUGGGGGGUGGGUGGGGAAAUUGAAGCCAAUUUUAUACACCAAAUGCAAGCUCAUUGGAGCUUAUCAGCUAGUAUGAGCUGCUACUACGACUCAUAGAAAUUGAGGAGAACUCCUUGAAAUUAUAUUACCAAAGUGUCUAAGUUUAUUAUACCCACAUUGCUCACUUACAUGUAAAUUCCUUUCAACCAAUUUAUUAACCGGUGCUUCUUCUGGAAACAAAUACUGCUCUUGUCUACUUCUAAAUCUGUUUUUGCAUAUGAUAUCCAAGUCUCAUUGAUGGAAUCUUUGCAUCUCAACAGCAUAAAAUCAUUAAGUCUGUUCCAUUGACCUUCCAGUGUAUUUCUUUUUUGAAGCAACCCAUUAAUAGUUUGGGAGGUUUUUGUUGAUAUCCUCCCCCACCCCAGCGAAGUGUCCGUAGGACAGAAUGUAUUGUAUUUCUUAAAACAUCAAUAUUUUCAUCUCUAUCUCCCUCUCCCUCUCCCUCGCUCUCUCUUUUCUAACCAGCGUGCAAUCUCGUUGCCGGGAUGGUUCUCUUUUCUCAGUUUAUUUAUUCUUCGCAAAACAAUUAUAUUUUGGACAAGUUUUCAGAGUUGAAACAUUUUGCCCGACUUUCCUACCUCUUUGUGAAAGCCCCAGUACCUCUUUAUGUCAAGGGUAUGGUGGAAACCUGAAAUUAAAAACAGCUGCAGCAGCCCUGCACACCAAUGUAUACAUAUCUAUCAAUCA